GAAGGGGAGAGGUCGAGUGGAGGGGUGGAGCGGAGAAGGAAACGGAAGGUGGAGGAAAGAGGAGGGGAUGAGGAGGAGGAGGUGGGGAAGGUGGGGACAAAGAAUUGGGGGAGCACGUUGAGGAGGUGGCCUGGGGGGUCGGGGGUGGAUGGGGGGAGAGAGUUGGAGGCGUUAUUGGCGGGAUCGGUUGGGGGGACGCAGGUGGAGGAGGAGGGAGAGGGAGAGAAGAAGGUGGUGAAAGAGGAAGUGGACCGACAGAUCGAGGCGGAGGAGGAAAAGGAGUCGGUGGCUGCGAAGGAUGGGAGGGAUGUUGAGGGGCGGGCGGAGACGAUUGUCAAGGCGGAGGAGACUACUGUGCGGAAGACAGAAGAGGGUGCAGUGGUUUUCAAGAAACGGAAGCGGAAGGUGUGA